ACAAGCCUACAAUAGAAGGUUUAAUGUACCUAAAUCAUCAUGAACACGACGUCGUUAUCACUACAACCGAGUUAUUACUCGACGGAUCAAGAUCAAAUAAAUUUGACGACAACGAUUAGUCCGUCGACAACAACGAUCUUUGACGCAUCGAACGUUACGAAUAAUUCUUAUCCAUACGUUAAUGUAACUGCUGAAUUACCAUUAGCAUAUGCGAUCCCGAUGUAUGGUUAUAUAAUGCCUUUUUUACUUAUCAUAACGAUCGUAGCGAACACGUUGAUCGUCAUCGUAUUGAGUAAGAAGCAUAUGAAGUCGCCCACGAAUGUCGUUUUAAUGGCUAUGGCUAUAUGCGACAUGUGUACGCUUCUAUUUCCGGCUCCUUGGCUGAUAUACAUGUAUACGUUAGGGAAUCAUUCGAAACCUUUAUGGCCGAUUGGAGCUUGUUAUUCUUGGUUCGUAAUGCACGAGGUCAUUCCAAAUUUAUUCCACACAGCGAGUAUCUGGUUAACAUUAGCUUUGGCUGUACAGAGAUACAUUUACGUUUGUCACGCGCCGAUGGCAAUCAAGUUAUGUACAUUACCCAACGUGUACAAAUGUCUAACAUACAUAAUGAUAGUAGCGGCUAUACAUCAAGGUACUAGGCUCACCGAGGAAGAUUACAAGUCGGUUGUGAUUGAAUGGAAUAACCAAAGAGUACACGUUUGUAAUAAAACAACAGCAGCAUGGAUUCGGGAUUACAUCACAGAAGAUAUUUACUAUUCGGUUUAUUAUCUUUUUAGGGUAAUAUUUGUUCAUUUAAUUCCGUGUAUAGCUCUUGUAGUGCUCAAUUUCCUAUUAUUUCGAGCUUUGAAGCAAGCUCAACAAAGACGCGAUCAAUUAUUAUCGAAUAAAAAUCAAAAAUCCGAAUGUAGAAAAUUGCGUGAUUCGAAUUGUACAACACUUAUGCUCAUUGUAGUCGUAACAGUAUUCUUAAUUGUUGAAAUACCUCUCGCUGUAGUUACAUUACUGCACGUCCUAUCAUCCUCGGUCUCGGUUUUAAAGGGAUUUUUAGAUUACAAGGUUGCAAACACUUUGAUUUUGUUCACAAAUUUCUUUAUUAUUUUAAGUUAUCCGAUUAAUUUCGCAAUUUAUUGUGGGAUGUCGCGACAAUUUCGCGAAACUUUUAAAGAAUUAUUCAUCCGGGGGACUAUUACAAAUCGAAACAGCGGUUCAACAAGGUAUUCUCUGGUUAACGGACCGAGAACAUGCACAAACGAGACUGUAUUGUAAAUUAAUUAAAGUAUCUACGAUGAUGUGGUGUAAUUUAAAAAUUAGAUAAAUUAGUUUAAUUAGAAAUAACGAGUCGAAUUAAUUUAUUUAUUAUUAUUUAUUAAGUCGAUGUUUGUAAAUAACUUUGUAGAUAAAUCAAAUACUUGGGUCUCGGCCAAUACUUUCAACGAAGUGAGCCCUAUUUUGAAAGUAUUUUGCUGAUACAAUAUGAAAAAAAAAGUAUUUGAGAUUAUUUGUGUAUAUUUGUGUAUAUUCAAUGGAAAUGAAUAUUAUAAAUUUAAUGUAAAAUAGAUGUAAUGUUUAAGUGUGAAUCUAUUCUAUGUGUAAAUAAUAAAGAAAAAUAUUUAAA